CCUGUUUAGUGACAAUGGCCGAAAGAAGUUUUGAUAAAAAGCUCCGUCCAUCUCAGCCUGGCGUCUCUCAGCCCAAGAAACGCCCGUCCUCGUGCACUAAGGCUGAGAGGUCGAAGAGGAUUGAAGUACGACCGCAGGUCAAAUCUGCCUCAGGCCCAACGAAAAAUCACACAGAUGACCUUUUGGCCAAGGAAGAACAAUACAAACUCAUGAAUGCAGAGCUGGAAGCCAAAACAGCUGAUCUAGUAAGACAGGCAGAACAACUUAUGAGAGACCAGAAUGAAGUUCUGUCAAAACCCUUAUCUACCCUCCUGCUUUCGGACAUUGAGGAUGAAGAGAGGUCAAGGAUACCAAAGCUAAAACAGAGAACUCUGCAGGGGCCCGGUGUAAAGGGGGUGACCAAAAAAAGAGUCACAUCAACAUCAAACAACAUGUGUACUACUGGUCAACAAGACAAGGAGCCUCACUUGAAAACAGCAACCUCAAAGGCUUCUCGUGGGGAUGAUUUAGUUGCUGGAGAAGACUCUGCUGAUUCUUUCCUGGCUAAUACAAUACGUAGCAUGGAGGAGAAGAUGAACGACACCAUGUGUCAUGAAAGUGUCAUGGAUGAUUUUGAUACUGCUGGAGAAAAUGUAGGAUCAGGUGUUUCAGAUGCUCAAAUACGAGUUCUGAAGGCAAAGCUAGGGAUCAUGCAAGAGGAACUGGAUCAAUUCUCAUGUGAAUAUUACAAGAAGGAUGAUGAAAAUGCUAAACUUAGUGCAAGAAUCAAGGAGCUUGAGGAGGAUCGAGUCAGACUGCAGAAAACAACAAACAUCCAACAGACACAGAUCGAGAAGCACAGAGCGCUAGCAGAGGAGUCCAACAGAAAAUGUGAAGGUGUUCAACUGCAAGUGUCUGCUCUCCAAAAGGAAAUAGAAAAUCUGAACAAAUCCCAGAAACAAGCGGCGGCCGUCCACAGCAGCGUGGAGGUGCGUCUGAACAGAGCCUUGGAGGAGGGGGAGAGGCUGAAGACUCAACUCAACAAGAUGAAGCAGACCAGCAAGGACAAGAUCAGCGAGGAACAUCAGAGUAAAGAACAUCUCCUUGCUGAAAACAAAAUGUUAAAAAAACAGAAAGCAGAACUCAUUGUGGGUUUUAAGAAACAGCUCAAGCUGAUUGACAUUCUCAAAAGACAAAAGAUGCAUUUUGAAGCUGCCAAGCUGCUGUCAUUCACCGAACAGGAGUUCAUGAAAGCUCUAGACUGGGGGAAGUCAUAAACACAGAGACACGCUGACGACCGAGUCUUCACUUUCAAAAUGUGUCUCCUGAUAAUGAUCACAUCUAGCCACUACCUUUUCUGGAAUGCUUUUUAUUC